GCUGCACUGGGACAUCUGCAUCCCAGUUUGCAGGAUCAAGGAUGGGGCCUACUACCGAAGAUCUGGAUGUGGGCCAGCAGGAAGCCAAAGUCACCUAGGUCCUGUCUAAGAGGGCCAGCUGCAUGGGACCCGUAAUAUCCACUAUUAACUGCCCAGGCAGGAUCUUUCUAGUGCAGAGGUGCUGCCAGGGCUUCCGGAGCGACAAUGGAGGAGGGAGCUGAGGAGGCGCCGGAGCUGGACAGGCCGACUGCCCCCAGGGACUUCCACCUUUAUCACGUGGAUCCGUACGACUCUGAAGACAGGCUGCAGAUCUUCCCAGAAGAAAGCAGUAGGAUGAGAAGAGAAGUCGUCCAAGCCGAAAUGACUGGUGAACCAAGAGGCCUAGCAAAAGGUAAGCCUCGAAGAGACCUCGAAGAGGAAGUGGAUGAACUUGUCCACUUAUACGGACUUGAAGAUGACCACGAAUUAGGGGAUGAGUUUGUUGAUGAAAACAUGCCGAGAAUAGAGGUUUCAGAAUAUCCUCCUUACAUGAUGACGGAGGGAGAACCAGCCAGUGAGCAGAGGGGCUGGAGACUUAGCGGAGAGGCAGCUGAGGCUGAGGACCUGAGCUUCAGAGUGUGGGGCUCAGCGGGCGAGUGCCAGGACCUGCGGGAAGCCUACAGAUACACGCAUGGCCGAGCCAGCGAGGAGUAUGAGUGCUACGUCAUCCCAGAGGAGGAAGAUGAGGAAGAAGCUGCUGACGUUUUCUGUGUCACUUGCAAAACUCCAAUAAGAGCCCUGGAGAAGGUUCUUGAUGAACACAGAGAGCAUGAGGUGACCCCACUCAAUAAAGCACUGGAAAGUGCCAAGGAUGAAAUUCACAAAAACAUGUACAAGUUGGAAAAGCAAAUUAUCGAGAUGGAAAAUUUUGCAAGUCACUUAGAGGAGGUUUUUAUCACUGUAGAGGAGAAUUUUGGAAGACAAGAACAAAACUUUGAGUCCCAUUACAACGAGAUCUUGGAAACACUCGCUCAAAAAUAUGAAGAAAAAAUACAAGCUCUAGGGGAGAAAAAGAAAGAGAAACUCGAAGCCUUAUAUGGACAGCUGGUCAGCUGUGGAGAAAAUCUGGACACCUGUAAAGAACUGAUGGAAACAAUCGAGGAGAUGUGUCAUCAAGAGAAGGUUGACUUCAUAAAGGAUGCUGUGGCUAUGGCUGACAGACUUAGAAAAUUCCUGGAGACCAAAACAGACGUGGAAAUCUCCACGCAGCCGGCCUUGGAAGACCAGACCCUGGACUUCUCCGAUGUGGAGCAGCUGCUGGGCGCCAUCAACACCAUCCCACCUCCUUCUGCCCCAGUGAUCAACCCGCAGGCCCCCAACUCAGCCACGGGUUCCUCGGUCCGAGUGUGCUGGAGCCUGUACUCCGACGACACCGUGGAGAGCUAUCAGCUGUCCUGCAGGCCAGUGCGGGACAGCUCGCCUGGGAAGGACCAAGCAGAGUUUACAAUGACUGUCAAAGAAACAUACUGCUUAGUGACAAACCUUGUGCCAAAUACCCAGUAUGAAUUUUGGGUCACAGCUCAGAACAGGGCUGGACUCAGCCCUGCCAGUGAAUGUGCAGUGUACAUGACAGCACCUUCUCCCCCCAUUAUAAAGAACAAAGAGAUAAGGAGCUGCGAGGAGGCCGCGCUGAUCUGCUGGGAGUCUGGGAACCUGAAUCCUGUGGACUCGUACACGCUGGAGCUGACCCAGGAAGACACACCAGAAGCCUCGGGCGUCACCGAGUCUGUUGUGGGUAUCCCCACCUGCGAGGCCUUGGUGCAGCUGCAGCCCCGGAGGAGCUACACGAUCUACGUGCGCGCCCUCGGCAUGGGGGGGGCCAGCGCAAGGAGCGAGCCCGCCACGGUCCACACCACAGGCAGCUAUUUCCGCCUGAACCAGCGCACAUGCCAUCCCUGGCUGACCAUUUCUGAGGAUGGGCUGACAGCUGUACGAAGUGAGAGGAAAACUCCAGGAAGGGAGCCGCCCCCCAGCAACACCUGCUUUUCUAGGUGUGUCGCCGUCAUGGGGAAUCUAAUUCCAGUCCGAGGGCGCCAUUACUGGGAGGUGGAGGUGGACGAGCAUUUGGACUACACAGUGGGAGUGGCCUUCGAAGAUGUCCCCAGACAGGAGGACCUGGGAGCAAACGGCCUGUCCUGGUGCAUGAGGCACACGUGGGCAUUAUCAAGUACACCUAGGGGAUAUGUUUGUAUUCCUUGUGCCUGGAAUGAUGAAGGUCCUGGAAAUACAAGACUGUGCUUAUGAUGGCAUUUUUAAGGUAAUACUUCUGCUCACGAUACAAUCACUUGCAACAGCAAUUAUCUGUCUAUAUCUAAAAUUUCUUUGAAACAUUUGCAUAGAGCAGUUGUUCUUAAAGUGUGGUCUUUGAGGGGGCCCCUGAGAUCCUUUCAGAGGGUUAGUCAGGUCAAAACUAUUUUCAUAAUAUAAGACAUUAUUUGCCCUUUUCACUCAUAUUCCGUGAAUGUCAGCACAGCUUAACCAGAGGCUACAUGGCCUGGGAGGACAUUCAUCACUGACAACUAAUGGAGUGUGCGUGUGUGUGUGUGUGUGUGUGUAUGUAUUUUCAAUGUUGGAAAUUAAAACAGGAAUAUC